GUUUUCAUCUCGUGAGUUUGGGUUAGUUCGUUGUGGUUUGUCAUAUGAUCCCGGUGGAAGCACACUGCGCUCACAUUAUCACCACAGAGCGCAGUAUAAAUACAGUAAUAUAACACGGUCUGCUAGCUGUUAUUGUGAAAAGUACUAAGUUUAGGUAAGGUAAUCAUAAGAAAAUCCAGUGAAGAACAGAUACGUUAACGGGAUACCAAGAUGCCACCUAAAAAGCGCAAUUCUGGAACGACACAAAGCAAGGAGCUGAAGCCCAGUGCUGAAAGUGCCUCUCCAGAGAAGAAGGAGAGCCCAGAGUUAUCUGUUAAAAAACACAGAGACAAGGAUGCUGAGUUUGUGACCCUGUGUAAGAGCCUUCAUGUGACAGACCUGGUCUGUGACCGUGCCUGGACGCUGUGGAAAAUUGUUCAAGAUUCCAUGGAAGAAGUCGCUGACAGUCAGAAAAGGCUGUGGGGGGCUUGUCUGUUUGUUUCAGCAACAGACAUUGAUGUCACUUGUUUCACCUUAACUCAGGUUCUUAAAGCAGUCAGUCUGAAUGUGAAGCAGUUUUUAGCUCUGGUGAGGACGUUGGAUGUGAACUUGGAUACGAUAAGCACCAAGGUGAAUUCAGCACUGACACGUUUGGAGAAGAAGUAUGAUGUGAUGCUGGCUCUCUACCAGAGGUUUGAGAAAACAUGCAAGAAAAUCUUUGCUUUGGUUUCUGAUGGAAAGGAGAAGGAGACCAUUCGGAGCUGCUGGACACUGUUUCUUUUGGCUAAGGGAAGGGCCCUGCAGAUGGAGGAUGACCUGGUCAUAUCAUUCCAGUUGCUGCUUUGCACACUGGAGUUAUGCAUCAAGCGCUGCCCUCCAGACCUUCUGCAGCCUCUUUACAAAUCAGCCAUCAGUAAAGUUCAGAGUCCUCCGACACGUACAUCUCGUCGCAACCAAAGCAAAGCCAAAUCCCGACCUCCGGAGCCAGAGGUGGAUUUGCAGCUUCUCAAAACCUUGUGCAAAGAGAAUGAUUGCAAUGUUGAAGAGGUUAAGAAUGUUUAUCAGACCAGUUUCUCGGCUUUCCUGGAUUUGUUGGAUGUUUCGAGAGCUCCAGAUUUUCCUCAGGAGAAUGACCUCAACCAACAAUAUGAGGAGCACUACCUCAAGAGUGGAGACUUGGAUGGACGGCUGUUUUUUGAUGGAGAUGAGACUGUUCUUGUGCCUGAAGUUGAGAUAUCACAGGUGGAGCGGACGCCAAAGAAGAACCUGUCAGAUGAAGAUGCUGUACUCAUUCCUCCCCAGACUCCAAUCAGAGCUGCCAUGACUUCCAUUCAGCAGUUGAGAGGUGAUCUCACUUCCAGUGGGGACCAGCCAUCUACUAACCUGGCUACAUAUUUCAAAAAUUGCACCGUGGACCCCACGCAGGACGUGCUGAAGCGUCUGGAGACACUUGGACAGGCGUUCAGCCAAAGGUUUGGUCAGGCAGUCGGGCCUCACCAUGUAGUACUCGGCAGGCAGCGAUUUAACCUCGGUGUCAAACUCUAUUACAAAGUCAUGGAGGCAAUGCUGAAAUCGGAAGAAAAGCGACUUUCAGUGCAAAAUUUUAGUAAACUCCUCAAUGACUCCACAUUCCACACAUCACUUUUGGCCUGUGCUUUGGAGGUAGUCAUGGCAACAUAUGGAGAGAGCAGUUUUAAAACUGGAGGAUACAACCAUGGUGGUGGUGGUGACACACCUGAAACAAACAUGUGUUUCCCCUGGAUACUGGACGUGGUCGGCCUCGCUGCCUUUGACUUCUACAAAGUCAUCGAGAGCUUCAUCAAGGUCGAUCCCACUCUGAGCAAAGAUAUUGUCAAACACCUGGAGAGCUGCGAGAACCUCAUCAUGGAGAGGAUUGCGUGGAGGACGGGCUCCCCGCUGUUUGAGCUGCUGAAACAGGAGCAUGAGGGGGGAGCAGCAGAGCAGGUGGAGACUCCAGCCAGUUUCAGCCAACCACUGCAGCACAACCACACCGCAGCCGACCUAUAUCUGUCCCCCAUGCGUCCAGGCCAUCGUGUCUUGUCACCAGAGUCCCCAGCCACACUGAGUUCUCAGUCUUCCUCUCAGCCCCCAACCCAGCCUGCCACCCAAACUCCACGGCUCCCGAAGUCCAACUCUCUCAGCCUCUUCUAUAAGAAAUUGUACCGCCUGGCCUACACGAGGCUGAAGGUGCUUUGUUCUUACCUGCUGUCCUCCCACCCUGAACUGGAGCCCAUCAUAUGGACCCUCUUCCAGCACACUCUGCAGCACGAGCAUGAGCUGAUGAGAGACCGUCACCUUGACCAGUUGAUGAUGUCAGCUAUGUAUGCCAUAUGUAAAGUGAAGAGUGUAGACCUGCGCUUCAAGACCAUUGUCACGGCGUACAAGAACAUGCCCAACACCAACCAGGAGACCUUUAAGCAUGUGCUGAUCACUGAGGGCCACUAUGACUCCAUCAUUGUCUUCUACAACCAAGUGUUCAUGCAGAAACUGAAGACCAACAUCCUGCAGUAUGCGUCUACCAGGCCACCCACCCUCUCUCCAAUCCCACAAAUACCACGCAGCCCCUACAAGUUUCCCAACUCGCCUCUGCGUGUGCCUGGCAGCAACAAUGUUUACAUCUCUCCUCUGAAAAGCCCACGCAUGUCCCCGGGUAUCAUGACUCCUCGCUCCAGAAUGCUGGUAUCAAUCGGUGAAUCAUUUGGGCUGUCCAAUCGGUUCCAGAAGAUCAACCAGAUGGUCAACAGCAGCGACCGCUCCUUCAAGAGGACUCUGGAUCUCGGGCCCACUCCAAAGCCUCUUAAGAGAUUACGGUUUGAUGUGGAUGGGCAAGAUGAAGCCGAUGGCAGCAAAUCUGGACAAGAUUCUACACUCAUACAGAAGCUUGCAGAGAUGAGCUCCACUUGGAGUCGCAUGAAGGAGGAUGCAGAAUCAAGGAAGGAAUAACUCUAACCUACUGAACUGGCCUGCACUGUUUAUCACAAUGUGAACACAACCUCUUGUUCACACAAAGUGAAGAACGAGUUUCUCUGUACAUUUAGUAUGGGAUUUUAGUUUGUAUUUAACUUUGUCUUUGAGGAGUAAUAUGUGAAUAUAGAGGACUUUCUCCUCUUUUUGUUGAUGCUUUAACCGAGUGUUUUAACUGAAUAAUGAUUGAUGUCAUUGAAUUUCAUUUGAGUUUUGACUUGUUGGAGAUUAAGUAUGUUUGUUUUUAAGAGUGAUAUUAGUUUGUGGUUGUUUGAAUCUUCUCAAUUCUGAAGAGCUUUGUAGAGAUCCGUUGAUGGUUAUCUUGUUAAAUAACUGAUUAAGCCUUACCGCCACCAGGACCUUCACGUGUUGACUUUUUGACAGUCUUUUCACAUUCUGACAAUUCAGAUGUUUCAAUCAUGAUGCAACAUUUCAGGUGUUAAAUUACGAUUACUCUCCUCAAAAAGGAUUUAAGCCUCAGCCCAGAGGGAAAUCAAUAUGUCUUUCCAGGCAGCAGUUUUACUUGUGAAGUGAUAUUUUACUCUGGAACGUGGAUAAUCAUUUUGGGAAAGUUUAGUUUGUGCCAUAAAGUGAGA